AUGUCGAUUUCUUCAGAAUCCGAGAUUGUGUUCAGCCAGUAUGCUCAGGAUCCCUUAGACGGAUUCUCUGAGAUGUUUCGCAGUGAACCCGAGCACAGCAAACAGGUCACGAAGGAUAAAAAACCAAAACAACGAUGCAGAGAAAAGUCGAAAAAGCAAAAACCCAACAAAUCCUUCGUUAUGAGUCGACUACAACGAAGAGGGAUUAAAUUAAUAAAAAUUUCGGUGGUAGAUCUCUGCAAUAACAACUCUCAAACCAUAGACAGUGAUAGUGACAGUUUGGAUCCCACGACAGCGAUGUCGGUGGAGGGCCAACGAUGCUUGUGUGUUGUAGUGCUGCUCAUACACACAGUCACAGGCGCCGGAGAAGGUCCAUCAUCAUCGAUACCAACAUCAUCAUCGUCAUCAGUAAAGCCGGAUCAGAAUGAGCUGACAGUCACCUUCCCUCCACUUGAUGACCUAUACAGCAAUACUCCGGAAAAGCAUUUUGGAACUGAAAACAAUACUGUGGUGACGUCACAGACAGGAUCAACUGCAUUGCUGCCCUGUGUCAUCAGGAAUAUUGGAGAUGGAAUUGAUUGGACGCUGAAAGUUAGAUUUGUACAGAAACGGGACGCGGGCAUCUAUGAGUGCCAAGUGUCCUCCCAUCCUCCCACAAGCAUCUUCUUAAGACUCGACGUCGUUGGGAUAAAAGUCAUAACAGUUGAAAAGUGGGAGAGCUAUGCUUCGGCACGAAUAGGUCUGCUCGACCGGAAUGACGACACGGUUGGCAGGCUCGAUCGGAGUGAUAAGGCGCGAGCACAAAUCUCCGGGCCAACGGAAAAGUAUCUGAAGCCUGGAUCGACGUUACGACUUCAAUGUUCCGUGGUACAAACUACAGAAGCACCUGCUUUCGUCUUCUGGUACCACAACAGCAGAAUGAUAAACUAUGAUGUGGAGCGUGGUAUAAACGUCACGACAGAUCCAGUACAGCGACUAUCAGAUCUGCUGAUACCUGCAGCCAGUGUAUCACACGCAGGCAACUACACCUGUGUGCCAAACAACGCUGUACCUGCUAGUAUAUACGUCCAUAUUUUUAAUGGUGAAAACCCCGCCGCUAUGCAGUCUUCUUCGCCUAGUUUCAUCAACCGUCUCCAUAAUAUCUUAUUACCGACCCUCAUCAGUUAUAAUCUGAUACGGUGA